UCAGAUCUUGAGGAGGAAGAAAAUAGAAUAGGCAAGAUUCCAUUUAUCCUUUAUAUAAGGUGAAUUAAAAAAAGAACAAUCUUCAUUUCAUUCAGCUGUCCUCUUCGUGAUUCCAUAGACAUAUGUAGGAAAAUAUCUGAAGUGAGAUAUUCAUUGUUUCCAUUAAUAAAAUAACUAGUUGAUUAGAUCAAAUAAGCUGGUUUUGGCGGUGCACAUCUAUAAUUCCUGUUACUUAAGAGGCAGAGGUAGGAGGAUUGCUUGUGUCUAGGAGUUUGAGACCAGCCUGGGCAAGAAGGCAUAAUCCUGUCUUAAAAGGAGGGGGAGGGGAGGAAGAGUGGUGUACACAAACUUACAGAAAGCAUAUAGUUUGUAUUUCAUAUCAGUAGAAUGCCCUUUAAAUAAUUAAAACUGUUUUUUUUACUAUAUAUAUUUGUAGUUUUUUCUUUUUUAAUUAAAGGUCUGAAAAAGAACUGUGUUUGAUAUGCAGAUAUGAUAGAAGACUGCCUGAAAGCUGCUUCCUUUGCCGCUUCCUGUGGAGGCCUGUCUUUGCCAUUUGCGGUUUCUUUCUUCUUUUGGUAAGGGAGGCAGGAUCUGAUUACUGGUUUGAGGACCUUACUAGCUACUUAGAGGAGUUAGUUGCCAUUGACAGGAGAUGAGUCUUCAUUUAACUGGCAUGCAAAGUGUACUAGUAGCAGCCUCUUACAGUUCCUCUUAAAGCAAUAAAUCGACUUUUAUAUUUGUAUAUAACAGUACAAUUUGAGGCAGUAGGAACUGAAAGAAAACUUGAGUGACUAAAUCCAUGUUCCUGUCUGGUAGAAAAUGGAAUCUUUUCAUUGUUGUUGUUUCAUUUAUAUCUGCUUAUUCACUCUGGAUUUUCUUUUCUCCUGUGGGACUGGGAAUUGAGCCUCUAGCUCCACUCAUCCUAGGGCAGUGUUCUGCUGCCAAGCCACAUCUCGUCUUCUCUCUGUCUGUUAAAGAAAAUAUCACAGCUUCUGCUACUAAUCCAUUUCAGAUUCUCUAACAGUGCUUCUGGCCAGGCCAAUCUUUCUUGUACUUAAAAGAACUUCCAGGCUUAAGUAUCUGUCACCUCCUAUAUCAGGAGGUAGAUACAUUUCUCUGUUGCUCUUUUUGUAUAGGGAGCUUUUGUGUUUGUUCUUCCCACUGGUCAUUUUAUAAUACAGAGGCAAGAUUGAGAAGAGGCUAACUUUGACCACCUCUCCAGAACAUAGCAGGACCAGGUUAGCACCUUGCAAGGAGGUAGUAUUAUAUCCAGCUGUGAAACUGGGAAAAGCCAGAGCUCUCAGAUCAGGGAAACAUGUCCCGUCGGAAACAGACAAAUCCAAAUAAAGUUCACUGGGAUCAAGUAUUUGCUGGGCUAGAAGAGCAAGCCCGCCAGGCGAUGAUGAAAACUGAUUUUCCUGGAGACCUUGGCAGUCAGCGACAAGCUAUCCAACAACUAAGAGAUCAGGACUCCAGUAGCAGUGACAGUGAAGGUGAUGAAGAGGAAACCACACAAGAUGAAGACUCUUCCCACACAUCAGAGGAAGAUGGUGGGGUGAUCAAAGUGGAAAAAGACUUAGAAAAUGCAGAACAGCCUGUUGGUGGUGGGAAUGAAGUAGCAGAGCAUGAGAUCACAGAGAGCUUAAGUUCUGACCCAUUGCUUGAACUCUGCCAGUGUCCACUCUGCCAGCUAGACUGUGGGAGUCGGGAGCAACUGAUCGCUCAUGUGUACCAGCACACUGCAGCAGUGGUGAGCGCCAAGAGCUACAUGUGUCCUGUCUGUGGACGGGCCCUUAGCUCCCCAGGGUCACUGGGCCGCCACCUCCUAAUCCACUCGGAGGACCAACGGUCUAACUGUGCUGUGUGUGGAGCCCGUUUCACCAGCCAUGCCACUUUUAACAGUGAGAAACUCCCUGAAGUACUUAAUGUGGAAUCUCUACCCCCAGUCCACAGUGAGGGCCCCUCCAGUGCUGAGGGGAAGGACAUUGCCUUUAGCCCUGCAGUAUACCCUGCUGGAAUUCUGCUCGUGUGCAACAACUGUGCUGCCUACCGUAAGCUACUGGAAGCCCAGACCCCCAGUGUACGCAAGUGGGCCCUACGUCGACAGAAUGAGCCUUUGGAGGUUCGGCUGCAGAGGCUAGAACGAGAGCGCACAGCCAAGAAGAGUCGGCGGGACAAUGAGACGCCUGAGGAGCGAGAGGUGAGGCGCAUGAGGGACCGUGAAGCCAAGCGCCUUCAGCGGAUGCAGGAGACAGAUGAGCAGAGGGCCCGCCGGCUGCAGCGAGAUCGGGAAGCCAUGAGGCUGAAGCGGGCAAAUGAAACCCCAGAGAAGCGGCAGGCCCGGCUCAUCCGAGAGCGAGAGGCCAAGCGACUCAAACGGAGGCUGGAGAAAAUGGACAUGAUGUUGAGAGCUCAGUUUGGCCAGGACCCUUCAGCCAUGGCAGCCUUAGCAGCUGAAAUGAACUUCUUCCAGCUACCUGUGAAUGGGGUAGAAUUGGACAGCCAACUUCUGGGCAAGAUGGCCUUUGAAGAGCAGAACAGCAGCUCUCUCCACUGAGCCACACCUUCCUGCCUGCCCUCCUAUCUGCCCAAGACCACAGGGAUUGGUGCUGCAGCCACCCACAACGCCAUCCUUGCUGCCAGAGGCAGGCCUGGGUUGGCUGCAGGUGGACUUGUACCCCUUGCAUGUGGAAGCAAGAUGAUGGGGUCAGGAGGAACUCAGCUCAAGGCAGCUCUGGACAAGGGAACAGGCACUCCAGAGAACUAGACUCCCCAGCCAACUGGAGCAGGCCAGGUUAUGGCACUGUAGGGCCCCGGCACAGCCUGUGAAGUUGUGUGGGCAAAUAAAUUAAGUUCAUCUUUACUUGC